GCGAGAGAAAGUUGCAGUGAAAGAGUCAGCAGAGGUUUGACAUUACCUUCUACAAGAAUCACGUGGAGCUUAGGUGUCUCGCCUAUAAACACUCACAUCGUCCAGUCUGAGAUUCGAACACGCGAUCUCUCAACUACAAGUCCAUUGGUCUAUCCAUUAGGAUAUGUGCCUCCCUUACGAAGGAUAGCCACUUCAUAUAGGGUAGCAUGUACCGAUUGCCAAAACGAUGAACAAAUUGUCACGUUUCAAUAAAUGAAGAUGAUUUGGAAUUUUUAAAACUCGUCCAGUACCAUGAAAAAGAAAAGAAUUAUAUUGAUGGAAACACUAUUUUGCCUACUCGUUAAUAAAAAAGGUGAGGGGUAAAAAAAAACAACAACAAAAGGCUUAGUAUUUCGCUGGGGAAUAGGAAGAACUGUGCCGAUGCAUUCCUUACAUCUAUGGGGCGGGUGUUUAUAUUUUGAAAACUGAGCAAAGAUGUGACUUGGAAAAUAGAAAUUUGGAGAAAAAAAAUAAUUCAUGGAUUUAGCUGUUAUUUCUAGCAUGAUGAACGACCACAUAGAGGCUUCCUUCAUUUCUUCGGCUGGUCCACCAGCAAUGCACGCAUGUGAGAACGAGUUAGAAAACAUCUGGAAGACGUUGCGGGCUGAGUUAUUUCUGAAUGCCGGCAGAGGAGGGGGUGAUUUAAAGAAAAAUUGAAAUUUUGUAAAGUAUAAUUAUUUCAAGAAAAAUAAUUUCAGUAUUUCUCAGGUGGAAUCCUAGAGAGAAAAAUGUAAAGAUGGGGGAAACAAAAAUUUCGAAAAGUUGAUUUUCUUUUAGGUGGACGGCGGUAGCGGUCAAAGAUGCGAUCUCGGUGAUAAAAAUGCAACAUCCAAAAGAAAUAUUUGAAGUAAAAAACAAAAAAGAGGCGGUUAGGGAAUUGGACAAAUCUGCCGCUAUCUAUCUAUUUAUUUAUUUGUCUGUCUGUCAAUCAAUUAAUCAUUCAGAUCAAUAAUAUCAACACUGUAUUUAAAAAGGCGGUGUUUGGUAACUCCUAUCUCACCUUCUCGGGGAAGAAAAACACCGAGAAAUUGGGUAUUUUUUUCUCCCCUUCAUUUUUGUAUUUUUCUGUUUCGAUUUCAUUCAACGGAAUUUAUAACUUUACCUCUAAUUUUUCAGUUUUACUCCAUCAAUUCAGUACUUUUUUUUCCUUCCCCAUGAGACAGAAAUAAUUAUUCCGAAACUCCGUCUUUUGAAGUGAUUAUUAUGUUUUCUAAUCGACCAACUUCGUUUCAGCGACUUUCAAAAUGGUAAAAUGUUAGCGAUCUGUCGGAGAUUUUCUGGAGGUGAUUUUCUUAUUAUUUCUAGAAAUAAUCAAUUUAAACGAUUCCUAAAACAACAAAAGAAGAAGAAGAAAGAGACAUUUAAACUUUCAUCUUCUCCUCCUAAAUCUAUCACUCGAAACUGGAUUGGCCCACCUGAUGGAAACUCCAACUUACGCCCUACCCACUUUUAUAUCCCUCCCAAUGAAUCAAAUGUGGAGAAAGAUUUGAGGCUGAAGAAAGUUGAUUUACAAACCUUUAAUCAUGACUUCUGGACAAGGCAAAAUAUCACAUUUUUUAAGAGAAAAGCUCAGUUUAUUCACAUGGAAUUAGAAAGGAAAAAGCAAAUAGAUUCUGACAACAAAAAUAAGAAAAGUUUGUCUCCUGAAGAAAUGGCUGUGUUUUAUAAACAGUUCCUGGAAGAAAAUUAUCAGAAUAAUUUGAAAUAUCACAGAGAAUGGUAUAAAAAGAACAUCUUUCUACUUUGGCCAGCCCUGAAGGUUGCUGUUCAUAAUCUCUUUAAAAAAGCAAAAUAAUUGAAAAACUGCCAGACUUUGUUUUUCAGCAAAGAUUAUUUUAUUUGAUUUCUUGUAUUAAGAAUCAAACAAGUUUUAUUUAUAAAUAUGUUUAAUAAAGAUGUUAUAUUUGUUAUAA